UGUCUUCCAGUAAUGAUUCCGUUCGCACAGUCUCCACGGAAGAUGCCGGCCGUACACCACAAAUUAUUAUUAGAGGAGGCCCUGCAGGACAGCCCGCAGACACGUUCCCUGCUCAGUGUGUUUGAAGAGGAUGCAGGAACCCUCACAAACUACACAAACCAGCUGCUCCAGUCUAUGCAAAGAGUGUUUGGAGCACAGAAUGAAAUGGCUCUGGCGACAGAACAGCUUUCUAAGCAGCUCUUGGAGUAUGAGAAACAGAACUUUGCACUGGCCAAGGGAGAUGAAGAGGUGAUCAACACUUUACAACACUUUGCCAAAAGUGUGGAAGAGCUGAAUUCUCUGCAUGCUGAACUGGCCACACAGAUUGCCGAUAAGAUGGUGUUUCCCAUGGUGAAGUUCAGAGAGAGGGACCUCACAGAGGUCAGCACACUGAAGGAGAUAUUCGCCAUUGCCAGUGAUGAGCAUGAAGCUGCUAUGGUGAAAUAUAGCCGUCUACCUAAGAAGAAAGAAAAUGAAAAGAUGAAAGCAGAGAUUGUCAGAGAGGUGGCGGAUUCUCGCAGGAAACAGCAUCAGGCCGCUAUGCAGUAUUAUUGCGCUCUGAAUGCUCUGCAGUACAGGAAGAGAGUGGCCAUGCUGGAGCCCAUGCUGGGAUACACAAACGCACAGAUAAAUUUCGCUAAGAAGGGGAUGGAGCUGGUUUCAAAGAAGAUGCACCAUUUUCUCACCUUGGUUUCCAGCAUGACACAAAGUAUUGAGUCUCAGUUAGAGGUGGAGGCAGAGGUCAUGCGCUCGUCUCAGAGAGAGCUUCUCUCAGUGGAUGACACUGUCUACAUGCCAGAUCGCUAUCUAGCACCUGUGAAUCGUGCCCUCAUCCAGAAAGCAGGUUACCUCAACAUCAGGAAUAAGACAGGUCUGGUGACCACGGCGUGGGACCGCUUGUAUUUUUUCACACAGGGUGGUAAUCUGAUGUGUCAGCCACGGGGUGCAGUGGCGGGCGGGAUGGUUUUGGAUCUAGACAACAGCUCCGUCAUGGCCGUCGAGUGCGAAGACCGUCGCUACUGCUUUCAGAUCACCUCACCCAAUGGCAAAACGUCUCUGAUUCUUCAAGCGGAAGGCAAAAAAGAAUACGAGGAGUGGAUUUGCACCCUUAACAACAUUUCAAGACAGAUUUAUCUUUCAGACAAUCCUGAGGCUGUGGCUAUCAGGUUGCACCAGACGGCUCUACAGGCUGUGACACCCAUUACCAGUUUUGAGAAGAGAGCUGAAGGUUCUCCUAAUCCUGACCGAGCAAAACCAGGUGCUGUAGUCGCUGGAGAGUCUCAGAGGGCCUUUGAGGCUGAAGAUUUGAUCACUCCUGGAACACCAAUCCAGUUUGACAUUGUUCUGCCCGUGUCAGAGUUCCUGGACCAAAACAGAGCUGGAGCGAGACGCACAAACCCCUUCAGUGAGACGGAGGACGAUGACAAUGGUUCGGACACACAUGAUUCGCUCUUGCAGCAGGUGUUUGCAGUGCGGUUCUUGGGUUCGAUGGCCGUUCGGGCCGGUCACACACAGGAAGUGAUCUAUGAAGCCAUGAGGCAGGUUCUCGCUGCACGUGCAAUCCACAACAUCUUCAAAACCACUGAGUCCCACCUCAUGGUCACUAGUUCCUGCAUCAGACUGAUUGAUCCACAGACACAAGUCACCAAAAUCAGUUUCCAGCUGAAGGACGUGUCUCAGUUUGCGGCUCAUCAGGAGAACAGCAGACUGAUGGGGUUUGUGCUGGAGGGCAGAGACUGGAGUAAUGGAGGAGAAGGGGAACCAUCCUUCAGUGUGUUUGUGUUUGAGAGCAACACUGAGGGAGAGAAGAUUUGUUACACAAUAAACUUGGGGAAAGAGAUCUCAGAGGCAAGCAAGGAUCCUGAGGCAUUGGCCCAGCUGGUAAAGUCAAUGCCCCUGACAAACGAUGGAAAGUUUUUGCUAUUGGAAAAUGAGACGGGUGAUGCAGCGGACGGGAUUGGACAGGAAGAGGAGUCAGAGGCUUGAGAUGAACACAUCACACACACAUUCCCUACUGCUUUUCUCCCCUGAUCUCCAAACAGACUACACAAAAGACAAACUUCUUUAGCACUUAUCCAAUUUAGUGUGAUGCUCGCACAAAAGAGAAGAGCAAGGUCAAAGGUUUGAGCCUUGUUUUAACCUUUAAGUUAAAUGCUUGAGUAUGCCAUCCAUCGGUUUGCAUGUUAGAGGGAUAAUUCACCCAAUCACAAUAUUUACCAACCCUCUUGCUUCCAGACAUGUAUGAUGAAAGUGAAUGGGUAUCGAGGCCAUCAAGCUGCAAAAGUGAAAAAAAAAAAAGCACUAUAAAAGAAGUCCAUAUGACCUGUACGCAGUACUUCAAGUCUUCUAAAGCCAUACGAUAGCUUUGUCGUUAUUCACUGAAAAUCAUCCCCUCUGCCGCAGCUCUCAAAUCUCAUUUUUGGGUGAACGUUUCCUUUAGGAAAAGGUUUCUUUUAUUGAUACCGUUUGCUUUUAUUGUCUUUUUUGUUGUUCUGUUUCUUAGCGUCACUUUUCAACUACAAUCAGACUUUUUCAUGAUAGUUAAAUCUAUUCAUGGUCAUAAUAUCGGGGGGAUUCAGAUUUUUCACUACUAGUUGUCAGCAAGCAUGACCAUGAAUCUUUAUUUGCACUUUCUUUGUUUGUCACAUCUACGUUACUAAAUAAUGGCAAAUUAUCUGAAGUGAAGAAUAUAACGGUUGCAGUGCGUCGUUAUCCUGGACCAUUCCACUGAUUCUGUGCAUUCUGUAAAACUGGUCUGAAUCCUGACUUGCAUACUAUCUGUCCUAUAUACAGUAGUAUACAAGAUGAUGAAUAUUGCAUCCCAAAUCAGUGUAUUGAAUAUAGUAUAACAGAAUGGUGGUGUACAAUUUUCAGUUGAUUUCUGAAAUAUGCAUAUUAUUUGCACUGAUACUGCCCACAACUCAAUCACACUUUUAUUUUUCAGUUGUGGUAAAGAAUGCACCUUUUUAAUGCAUCACAUUUUGAAGUUGCAUCAAUGUUUACAUCUCUCUCCCACACUAGAAUUAUAUUUUCCUUCACCGAAUACAGAGCGUUUUGAAAACACUCAAUUACCGCAUACUUGGAAAACGAAUUAGUGUAGAUGUGGCCUAUAAGUAAUUAAUUAAUUAAGGUAAUGAAUUUAGCUAGAUGUUAAUGCAAACUCUAACACUUCACAACAAAGUGGUUUGUGGUAUCAAAACACAAUUUUAUGGGGGGCCUGGGUAGCUCAGUUGUAAAGACACUGGCUACCACCCCUGGAGUUCGCUAGCUCAAAUCCCAGGG